UCAUUUGUCCUCGAGUCGUCGGCAUGGAACGUUGGCAGAAUCGCGUGGCCGUGGUCACAGGGGCCAGUUCGGGAAUCGGGGCGGAAGUGACCCGCAAACUGCUCUCCGCCGGCGUGGUGGUGGUGGCCCUGGCCCGUCGCCUGGAGCAUUUGGAGCAACUGCGCCGGGAAUUGCCAGAGGAGGAGCAGCGAUUGCGGCUGCACAUUCGGCAGUGUGACGUCACGGAUCUCGGGGACGUUAAUGAAGCCUUCGACGAAGUGCAGCGAGAACUGGACGGCGUGGACAUACUGAUCAACAAUGCCGGAAAGCUGUCCGGCGGACAGCUACUGACCAUGUCGCUGGACACGGUGCAGCAGGUGCUGCAGACCAACGUGAUGGGCGUGGUGCAGUGCACGCAGCGCGCCUUCGAGUCCAUGCGGCAGCGCCAGUCCGACGGUCAUGUGGUGCUCAUCAACAGCAUCGUGGGUCACCACAUCUUCAACCCGCUGCCGGGAAGCCAGCAGGAGCUCAACGUGUACCCGGCCACCAAGCACGCCGUCACCGCCCUCACCGAGCUCUUCCGCCAGGAGAUGCGCGACUUCAAGACCCAGGUCAAGGUCACGAGCAUUAGUCCGGGACUGGUGAACACGGAGAUGGUGCCCUUGGCCUACAAAAGGCUGCCCAUGCUGCAGUCGGAGGAUGUGGCCGAUGCCAUCCUGUAUGUCCUGGCCACGCCCCCCCACGUCCAGGUGCACGAGCUGACCAUCAAGCCCAUGGGCGAACCUUUCUAGGACACCGCUGCAUUGCUCCACUGUUUGUCAAAUAAAUAAUUCAUGGCAGAAACGGAGGACUUUCCAAAUCGAAAAGCUCAAUAAUGGUUGAAUGUUAGCAGUUUAUAUAUCUUUUUUAUUGUAUUCUUCCAAAUAUAUUCUUUAUCUAUAUUCAUAAAAAACUAUUGCACGUAAAAUAGAUAUAUGAAAUCAAUAUACUAUGGCCAUAAAUAUUUUGUUUCCUUACUUCUUGUUGUUUGUAAUACAUUAAACUUGAUAAUAAUA